AUGACCGACUUUGGCCCUCGUGCGCCUCACGGGCCCGACAUGUCGGGGACCCAUCAGCCGCUCGAGAACAUGGACAUCAACGAGAAGGGCGCCUUCGACGCCCUGAUUCGUCCCGAAGACAGCUACACCCCGGACGGCACGUAUUGGGCGGACCUGUCCUUCUUCCGCAGGAUCAAGUUUGUGGGCUCCUACGACGCCGGGGAAGCCAAGCGCGAAUUGAGCUCGAUAUGGGAGAUGACCAAGCAGGAUCCCCUGUCUCCCAUCUCGUACUAUUUCCGGAAUAUGGUGCUUCCUGGAGCGGGAUUAGGUCUGGAAGGUUACGUGCUCUUCUCGAUCGGAAACCUGAAACCCCUCUUCCAGGCUGUUUUCAAAUCGUGCUGGGAUGACAAGGAGAUCUGCAACUCUAAUUGGUUGGACGCCAUCGACUAUCUUGAAAUCUGCGGUAUCAUAGUGGGACAAAUCUUGGUUGGAAUUCUUGGUGAUUGGCUUGGCCGACGAUGGGGUCUCAUUCAAGAUGCGGCAAUCAUGUUUAUCGGUUUGCUGAUGUUGACCGCGGCAUGGGGUGUUACCCAGAAUGGUUGGAUUAUCUGUUACGCCUGGUCGUUGUUCUUUUACGGUAUCGGUGUUGGUGGUGAAUAUCCAAUGACCGCUACAAGUGGUAUGGAGAACGCCGUUGGCUCCGGAAAAGUCUCGACUAAGGAAGAUCGUCUGCACCGUGGCCGAAAGGUCACUAGUGCUUUUUUGAUGCAGGGUUGGGGUCAAUUCUUCAACCAGGUUAUACUCAUCAUUCUGCUGCUCUGUUUCCACCACGGCAGCGGUAACCCGCCCUACUCCACCGUGUCCGCUCAAUGGACUUACCGCAUCUCCUUCGCCAUUCCUGCCGUUGGCACAUUGUGGCUGGUCUACUACCGUGCCUACCACAUGAAGGCCGCCAGUAAGCAGCUGGCCGCGGCUAAGAAGAAGUCGUCCGUGACCGGGUACGACUUCAACUCGCUUCGCUUGACAUUCCACCACUUCGGAUUCCGUAUCUUGGCUACUGCCGGUGGCUGGUUUGCCAACGAUGUCUUCUUCUACGGCAACAAGCUGUUCCAGUCUGAGUUCAUCAAGGUGAUCAGUCCUGCUUCCACCUCCAUCAUGCCCACCUGGCUUUGGAACUUGGUCAACGUUGGCGUGUCGCUGGUCGGCUACUACUGUGCCUCGUUCCUCAUCGACAACAAACUGUAUGGCCGCAAGUGGAUGCAGAUGAUUGGAUUCAUGAUGGACUUCAUCCUUUUCAUCGUUCCCGCUUUCAACUUCGAGUACUAUACUUCGCCGGAGCACGUCCACGCCUUCCAAGCCAUGUACUUCCUGAGCUCUUUCUUCAACCAGUUUGGCCCUAACUCGGUUACUUUCUUGGUGGCCGCCGAAGUCUUCCCGACUCCCAUCCGCGCCACUGCCCACGGUCUCUCUGCGGCUGCUGGUAAGUGCGGAGCGCUUUUGGCAUCCGUCCUCUACAACUACAUCGACACGCAAACCAAGUUCUACGUCGUUCCCUGGUUCGGUCUCGCCGGAAUGAUCUUGACCCUCGUCUUCCUCCCCGAUACCACCGGUCUUGAUCUGAAGGAACAGGAGCGUCGCUGGUCGUACAUUCGCGACGGUCGUGAGCAUGAAUACCAUGGCCCCGCUGUCCACCCCAAGCACCUGUCUCUCUGGGAGCGGAUCACCGGCAAGGGCAAGUACUACGACGCCGAGGCUGAUUACAAGAGCAAAGUGGAAGAGUACCGUGCCGAGUGGGAGACCGCCAUGUCUCGCAAGGUCGCCGAGCAGAGCAAGGGCGAGGAGCUCGAUAUGGACACGGAUGAAAGCCUUCUGGAAGGCCAUGUCCACGCCUACUUCCAUCGUACAAGCCCAAUGUUCCGACCCAUGGAGCAAACCGCCAAGUCGGAUAACUUCGCUCUUCCCCCGGCCGCACAGGACGGGGAUUCCGAUUCUUUCAACGAAAAGUCAGAAAAAUGA